AACCAAAAAAAUAACAGAAAGCAUCAUUAUCCGGUGGAGACGAGAUGACUUGUGUGAGGCUUUCAAUGAUUAUGGAAGUGUCGAAAAAGAAAGCUGGAGAUUUCCAGAAAUGUCACGAUUUGAUUCCCGGUUUACCGUCCGAAUUAGCUUUGGAGUGUUUGGUCAGAGUUCCGUACCAAUUCCAAUCCGCCAUGAAAUCCGUUUGCCGUUCUUGGCGAACUUUACUCUCCGACUCUUCUUUCAUUCGAGAGAGGCGGAGAUGCGGUAAAGCAGAGCUUCUCCUCUGCCUCGUUCAACCGCUUACGCCGCCAAUUCCAGCGUCUAAUGCGGUUGGAGAGACAUUAAUGGUGGACGAGAAAAAAUCAGAGGAUGAGUCACAACCGCGCGUUUUCUGCACGCCGCGGUUUGGAUUGAGCGUUUAUAACGCUGCGAUGUCCACGUGGCAUCGCGUUGCGUUAUCCGAGAAGCAGCAGAUCCCGCUUUUCUGCGAGUGCGUCGUGCUUCAGGACGCCGGGAAGAUUCUUCUCAUCGGCGGUUGGGAUCCGGAGACGUUACAGCCGACGAGAGACGUUUACGUUCUGGAAUUCGCCGGAAGGAAGUGGAGACGAGGUGCGCCGAUGAAGGAAUCGCGAUCGUUCUUCGCCUGCGCCUCCGUUGGUUCAACGAAGGUAUACGUUGCCGGAGGUCACGACGAUCAGAAAAACGCUUUAAGCUCGGCGGAGGUGUACGACGUCGAGAAAGACGAGUGGUCGACGGUUCCUCCGAUGACGGAAGGAAGAGACGAAUGUCAAGGGUUCGCCAUUGGUACGGAUCUAAGGUUUUGCGUAUUGAGUGGUUACGGAACGGAAUCUCAAGGAAGAUUCCGAUCUGACGGAGAAAUUUACGAGCCAGCUACAAAUUCCUGGUCCAAAAGCGAAAACAUUUGGCGAUUUCCAGAUACUAGCCCGAGAGGUCGCACCGCCGGAGACUUAAGAAGCUCCUCUAAGUUAUUGUGUUUCACAGAAACUGAUUUACAGAGUGAACGUCGAUGGGAAACUAAGGAUGAUUCGAGAAAUUGGAAACUGGAUCUUGAAACAAUACAGCUUCCGAUGACUGGAAGCUCAGUUUUCGCCGGAAGCUUAGGAGGUGAAUCGGUGGUAAUGAUUGGCGGCAAAAGAGAGAGUGAAGGUGAAGGAGGAGUGAUGAUGAAGAUGACGACUGAGAAGAAAAUGGGACAAUGGAGUCAUGUUCACAUACCUUCUGAUUUCUCUACUCUUCCAUUUUCACAUGCUUCAAUCUAUGUUUGAAAAUCCAAAGAUUUUAUAGUACAACAUUGUGUUUGAUCUGAUGUAAUUUACACCACCACAUAGAAAAAACAAAGAACUGGUUAACAAAAGGAAAAAAGAAUU